AUGAGUCUGUCAGGAUCAUGUGAGGAAGAGGUUUCUGCCUCUAAAAUGAGUCAUUCUGAGGGCCACUGUGAAGCUGAGAGUGUUCAACAGGAGAGGUCAGACUCACCUGUACCCAGCUGUGUGUCCAUGAAGAGUGACCAGUCUAAAGGAAAACCACCUUACUUUAGAGAGAGAGAUUUCCCUGAUGAACAAAGUUUUAAGAACCUUCAGAGCAAAAUAAUCACCUUUGUGAAGAAUGAAUUGAAAAGACUGAAGAACCUUCUAACGGAGGAAAUGUCAGAAUGUUUUGGGGGUCUGAAGGAGGAUGAGACCAGUGCCAGAGAGGGAGCUCUGAAGAUCACACUGAACUUCCUGAGGAACAUGAACCACAAUGACCUCGCUGAUAUACUGGAGAAAAAUGAACUUCUUGUAACUUGUCACCGUGAACUUAAAUCAAAUCUGAGGAAGAGGUAUCAAUGUGUGUUUGAAGGAAUAGCAAAACAAGGAAACCCUACACUCCUCAAUAAGAUCUACACAGAGCUCUACAUCACAGAAGGUGGAAGUGCAGAGAUCAAUAGUGAACAUGAGGUCAGACAGAUUGAGGCAGCAUCCAGAAGACCACAAACAGAAGAGAUACCAAUACAAUGCAAUGACAUCUUUAAAUCCUUACCUGGACAAGACAAACCCAUCAGAACUGUGCUGACAAAGGGAGUUGCUGGCAUUGGAAAAACAGUCUCUGUGCAGAAGUUCAUUCUGGACUGGGUUGAAGGAAAAGCAAAUCAAGAUAUCAAGUUCAUAUUUCCACUCCCUUUUCGGGAGCUAAAUUUGAAGAAAAGAGGAAAAUACACCAUUUUGGAUAUUCUUCAUGAUUUUUUCCCAGAAACAAAGGAAAUUAAGUUUUCUACCAUUGACAAGAACAAAGUCAUGUUCAUCCUUGAUGGUCUGGAUGAAUGUCGACUUCUAGAUUUUCAAAGCAAUGAGAGUUUGUGUGAUGUAGCAAAACCAAGCUCCCUGAAUGUUCUGUUGACAAACCUCAUCCGGGGGAAUUUGCUUCCCUCUGCUCUGCUCUGGAUCACCUCCCGACCAGCAGCAGCCAAUCACAUCCCACCCAGGUGUGUCGACCUGGUCACAGAGGUAAGAGGUUUUAGUGACCCUCAGAAGGAGGAAUAUCUCAGGAAGAGAAUCAGAGAUCAGAACGUGGCCAGCAGAAUAAUCACACACAUCAAGUCAUCAAGGAGCCUCUACAUCAUGUGUCACAUACCAGUCUUCUGUUGGAUUUCAGCCACUGUUCUAGAGAGAAUGUUGGGUGAAUCAAAGAGUGGACAGAUCCCAAAGACUCUGACUCAAAUGUACACACACUUCCUGAUCUUUCAGACCAAACAGAGAAAUGAAAAAUAUGAAGGACAUAGUGAGAUGCAACCAGAGUGGAAUAAAAAAAUGAUUCUGUCACUAGGAAAGCUAGCCUUUGAACAGCUGGAAAAGGGGAAUUUGAUCUUUUAUGAGAAAGAUCUGAAGGAGUGUGGGAUUGAUGUCAGAGAAGCAUCAUUGUACUCAGGAUUCUGCACCCAAAUCUUUAGAGAAGAGCUUGGAAUGUCUUUGGGAAAAGUGUUCUGCUUUGUGCACUUGAGCACUCAGGAAUUUCUUGCUGCCUUAUAUGUGUUCCUGAAAUUCAUCAACAGCCAUGUCAAUAUCUUAUCCACACAAAAAUACUUCAUUACAAGCAGGAGAACAUUACUCAUAGGAAAUGAUCUUUUCAGACUGUACAAAGAUGCAGUUGACAAAGCCCUAGAAAGUGAAAAUGGACACUUAGACCUCUUCCUCCGCUUCCUUUUGGGCCUCUCACUGGAGUCAAGUCAAACUUUGUUGCAAGGCCUACUGACUGAGAAAAGCAGAAGAUCACUGUGCAAAGAGGAAACAGCAAAGUACAUCAAGAAAAAGAUCAGAGAGAAUCUAUCUCCAGAGAAAUUCAUCAAUCUGUUCCAUUGUCUGAAUGAACUGAAUGACCAUUCUCUAGUGGAGGAGAUCCAAAGCUACCUGAGGUCAGGAAGUCUCUCCAGAGCUGAACUCUCUCCUGCUCAGUGGUCAGCUCUGGUCUUUGUGUUACUGACAUCAGAGGAGGAGCUGGAUGUCUUUGACCUAAAGAAGUUCAUCAGAUCAGAGGAGUGUCUUCUGAGGCUGCUGCCAGUGGUCAAAGCCUCAAGAAGUGCUCUACUUUCAGACUGUAGUAUAACAGAGGAAGGAUAUGCUGCUCUAGCUUCAGCUCUGAGAUCAAACCCCUCACACCUGACAGAACUGGAUCUCAGAGGGAAUGAUCCUGGAGAUUCAGGAGUGAAGCUACUAUGUGAUUUAUUGGAGGAUCAACACUGUAAACUGCAGACACUGAGACUUGCAAACUGCCACAUUACAAAGGAAGGCUAUGUUGCUUUAGCAUCAGUGUUAGGAUCAAGCCCCUCACACCUGAGAGAGCUGAAUCUGAGCAGGAAUAAACCAGGACACUCAGGAGUGAAAGGGCUCUCUGUUCUAUUGCAGAGUCCUCACUGUAAACUACAGAAACUAAUAUCAAACCCCUCACACCUGAGAGAACUGGAUCUCAGAGGGAAUGACCCAGGAGACUCGGGAGUGAAGCUACUAUAUGAUUUAUUGGAGGAUCAACACUGUAAACUGCAGACACUGAGGCUAGAAAGUUGUAAUCUCACAGAGAAAAGCUGUGCAGCACUGGCCUCAGUUCUCAGCUCAAACAUCUCCAGUCUAAGAGACAUAGACCUGAGUAACAAUGAUCUGCAGGAUUCAGGAGUGAAAGUACUCUCUACUGGACUGCAGAAUCCACGUUGUAAAAUGGAGAAACUGUGCCUGGAAAGGUGUAAUCUCACUGAAAAAAGCUGUAUAGCGCUGGUCUCAGUUCUCAGCUCAAAGUCCUCCAGUAUGAGAGAGUUGGACCUGAGAGACAAUAAUCUGCAGGAUUCAGGAGUGAAGCUACUCUCUGCUGGACUGGAGAAUCCACACUGCAAAUUACAGAGACUGUGGCUGUGUAAAUGCAGGAUAACAGAAGAAGGCUGUGCUGCUCUGGCCUCAGCUCUAAGUUCAAACCCACACUCACACAUGAGAUAUCUAAAUUUGAGUGAGAAUAAACCAGGAAAUGCAGGAGUGAAGCUCCUCUCUGCUCUGGUGACGGAUCCACACUGUAAACUGGAGAAACUGGAACUUGCAGACUGUAGUGUAACAGAGGAAGGAUAUGCUGCUCUGGCUUCAGCUCUGAGAUCAAACCCCUCACACCUGAGAGAGCUGGAUCUCAGAGGGAAUGAUCCCGGAGACUCAGGAGUGAAGCUGUUCACUGAUUUAUUGGUGGAUCCACACUACAAACUGGACACACUGAGUCUUUCAGACUGUAAUAUAACAGAGGAAGGAUAUGCUGCUCUAGCUUCAGCUCUGAGGUUAAACCACUCUCACCUGAGAGAACUGGAUCUCAGAGGGAAUGACCCUGGAGACUCGGGCGUGAAGCUGCUCUGUGACUUACAAGAAGAUCCACACUUCAAACUGGAAACAGUGAGAAUCAGUGAUUGUGAGCUGACAGAGAAAAGCUGCUCAGCUCUGGUCACAGUUCUAAGCUCAAAGUCCUCCUGUCUGAGAGAGCUGGACCUGAGUAAGAAUAAUCUGCAGGAUUCAGGAGUGAAGCUGCUCUCUGGUGGACUGGAGAAUCCACACUGCAAACUACAGACACUGAGGCUGAGGUCCUGCAGUAUAACAGAGGAGGGCUGUGUCGCUCUGACAUCAGCUCUGAGAGAAAAUCCCUCACACCUGCGAGAGCUUGAUCUGAGUUAUAAUAAACCAGGAGACUCAGGAGUGAAGACGCUCUCUGUUAUGUUAAAGAAUCCACUCUGUAAACUGGAGACACUUAAGCUGAGGUCCUGCAGUAUAACAGAGGAGGGCUGUGUCGCUCUGACAUCAGCUCUGAGAGAAAAUCCCUCACACCUGCGAGAGCUUGAUCUGAGUUAUAAUAAACCAGGAGACUCAGGAGUGAAGACGCUCUCUGUUAUGUUAAAGAAUCCACUCUGUAAACUGGAGACACUUAAGUGA